GUCAUAUCUUUACAUUUAACUUCUACUUUGAAAAUUCUCUACAAUUAUACGGAGUACUUCGUAUUAAGGAGUAUGAUUCUUAUCCAUUUGCGGGCAGUGGAUAGCUAGCUACUCCAGGCCAUGGCUGUUCUCAGCUGCUUGUGCUCCUCCAACCUUAGCAGUCCUCCUCCCCAUUCUAAAUUUACCGUUUCCACCACUCCGCAGAAUCGUCACCCUUUUCAAAUCUUUGCCAGACCUCCUUCCUGGGCUUCUCUGAACCAGCCACCUCACACCUCAAGGAGGGACCCACUCUCGUAUUGUGCUAAAUCCCUAUCCACUGCCAGCUUUAUUGCUCUCCUCUCAUCUUCACUCUUCUUUGCCUCUGAUCCCGCUUUGGCCUUCAAGGGUGGAGGUCCAUAUGGUGCUGAGGUAACCCGAGGGCAAGACCUAACUGGCAAAGAUUUUAGUGGUAGAACUUUGAUCAAGCAAGAUUUCAAAACGUCCAUAUUGAGACAAGUGAAUUUUAAAGGCGCAAAAUUGACAGGAGCUAGCUUCUUUGAUGCUGAUUUAACAGGUGCUGAUCUGUCUGAUGCUGAUCUUAGAGGUGCUGACUUCUCCUUGGCCAAUUUAGCAAAGACAAAUUUAACCAAUGCUAACUUGGAAGGAGCACUUGCAACUGGAAAUACAUCUUUCAAAGGGUCAAUUAUAACAGGCGCAGAUUUCACAGAUGUUCCUUUGAGAGAAGACCAAAGGGGAUACCUCUGCAAAAUUGCAAAUGGGCUAAAUCCAGAAACGGGUAAUGCAACACGUGAUACAUUACUCUGCAGUUAAAAUUUAGAAUCGUGGAUUCUCUCCAAACCAAGAUGCUGGGUAUUACAAGGAAGGUCACACUGUUAUUCAGUUUGAAACAGCAAAUCCUGAGUUGAAGGAGAGAAACCCUCGCUGAUCUCACAGCAUUGUCGUCGCGGUUUCUGCACAUAUGCAAAUUCAUAAAGUCAAUCAUUUAUAAGUACCACUGCCUCCUAAUACAAAAACAUUGUGUAGUAAUACUAAAACAAUGGAGGCAUAUCUUUUUUACACUCAAAUAUAGUGUUCUUUUAUUGAAGUCCUA